GCUUAUUCCAUCAAAUCUGCCCCCUUUUCCCCUUCUAUCGUCUCUAUAAUCCUUCAACAUAUUUUGCUGAAUUCGCCAUUUUAGAGAAGCUCCACUGGUGCAACUUAAGGCUUAGCUGUGCUGUGCUGUUUAAAUGGCUGGGAUUGUGAGUGAGGAGUCUGGAAGGGGAAGUUCUUUUGAUGAGAUUUUAGGUGUUCAGCAGCAUUGCCAAACUGGGGAAGGGUCGGCUGAAUGGCGAUCCUGUGAGUUAGACGAAGAGGCUGGCCCACUUUUUUCUCCUGCAUACUGGGAUAGUGAUGAUGAUGAUGAUGAUUUUGGGUUAAAGGCUUCAGAUUUGUAUGGGAAGUUUACAUGGAAAAUAGAGAACUUUUCACAGAUUAACAAGAGAGAUCUUCGAAGUAGAGUUUUUCAAAUUGGGGGCUAUGAAUGGUACAUCCUGAUUUACCCUCAAGGUUGUGAUGUUCGCAAUCAUUUGUCGUUGUUUCUAUGUGUAGCUAAUCAUGACAAGCUUCUUCCAGGUUGGAGUCAUUUUGCACAAUUCACAAUCACAGUAGUCAACAAAGAAACAAAGAAAUCAAAAUUUUCUGAUACACUGCAUCGAUUUUGGAAGAAAGAACAUGAUUGGGGAUGGAAAAAAUUUGUAGAGCUAUCUAAAGUAUUAGAUGCGUUCAUCAAUGAUGAUACUCUCAUUAUUAAAGCUCGAGUUCAAGUCAUCAGGGAGAGGGUAGAUAAACCUUUUCGCUGCCUUGAUCCACGGUACAGGAGGAUACUGCUUCAGCUGUAUCUGUCAAAUGUAGAUCAAAUUUUUCGCCGGUUUGUUGAGGAAAGAAGAAGCAAACUUGUAGAACUGAAAGAGGAUAAAAUGAAAUGGUCAAGCUUUUGUGCUUUUUGGAUGGAAAUUGAUGACUCUUCUAAGAGCCUCAUGUCGAGGGAGAAAUCUGAUACUAUUCUGAGGAUGAUGGUAAAACAUUUCUUUGUUGAAAAGGAAGUUUCGUCAACAUUGGUAAUGGAUUGUUUGCACAGUGGUUUGAAGUUUAUUGAGGACCAUGCAAUGAAUAAGGAAUAUGCAGAAGAUCUGAUGUACCCAGAAGAAUUACCUGUUCCACUAGUUCUUGUAGAUAAUGAUGCAUUUGUUUUAGUUGAUGAUAUAUUGGUACUUCUUGAAAGGGCUUCUAUGGAGUCUUUACCUCCCAAAGGUGAUAAUGGCCAUCUGAAUCGCACAAAGGAUGGAGAUCUUUCAGAGGAGUUGAACCAUGAUGUCUUCUAUUAUGAGGAGAUACGUCUUACGGAAAUUGGUCGUAGGACUAUUGAAAUAUUUGCAUUGUCCCAUAUAUUCAGUAAAAUUGAAGUGGCAUAUCAGGAGGCUGUUUCAUUGAAAAGGCAAGAAGAGCUCAUUCGUGAAGAAGAGGCAGCAUGUCUGGCUGAGGCAGAGCAAAGAGCAAAACGUGGUGCUGCUGAAAAAGAUAAGAAGUCAAAAAAGAAGCAGGGAAAACAAAAGCGAAACAGUCGGAAGGGAAAGGAUAAGGGAAAGGUUGAAAGGUAUGGUCUUGCUGUUGAGGAUAAGUUCCAACAAUGUAAUAUGCCGGAUGAAAUAAAAGACAUAGUCGAGGAAUCUGAACUUGGAGUGGGAGAAAUUUCCGAUGCAUCUGAUUCAUUAGAUUGUGUUUUUGAAAUUCUUCCACCUGAUUCAGAGGACAGAGAUGAUAGCCCCAUCAAUUCAGUUCAUCCUCUUGCAGAGGCUACUAACGGUGGAACAAGCAGCAGUAUUCAGUCAUUACCGAACUGGGAAAUGGAAAGGACGACAAUCCCAUCUCUAGUGGAUGAUAGCUCAGUUACUUGUUCAACUGAUCCGGCUCCCUCAAUAUUGAAUGGCCAUUUUGGAGGAGAUUUUAUAGUAAAACAGAAGAUCCAAAGGUCGCCUAACAGAAGGAACAAGCGAGGUGAAUUGACUAGAAAUGAAAUUAGUUCGGAUACACCACCUGAUCUAAAAGACUCAACGCUUCCAAACAACCCAUCUGGAAGUUGUAAUGAACCUGAACCUAAACCUGAACCUGAACCUGAACCUGAACCAGAGGCAGUUCUGCAUGGUUUGCCAGAACAAACGAGGCCCAACCAGAAAACAGACAAGGAAGAAGAAGAGAUUCCUAACGGGCAAAUAAAACCAAGAAUUGGAUACAAAGCUGGAAUCCAAAGAUUUUCCGAACCAAAAGCAGCUGAGGAGAUGAUAUCUUCAGAAAACAGAUUUCCCGAAGAUAUGCCAUUUGCUCAUCUACUGAAUCCUGGCCAAACCAUGGUUAGUAAACCGCCUUAUUAUGAAGUUCCACAUUUAGCCGGUAGAACAAUUCCAUCAACAUGUGAAAACCCUCCAUUACAAAGAGUUCCUGUUGCUAUGUCUAGACCAUUAACUGCUUCUACUGUUACUACUACACCUCCUCCUGCCCGUCUUACCCCAACGAUAAGCCCGGGUCCCACAUCGACAAGCCAAAGUUAUUUUCCUCGUUCUUACAUGAAUGCCAUAGUUGGUGGUUCUGUUCCAUCCAGUUCGUUUAUCCCUCCAAUGAACUCCGAUAGGUUUGCUAGACCUUUUGGAAUGCAGAAUAACUGUCACCAAUGGAUCGAUCCAAUCCCUGUUGAUAAUACAAACAAUUUUCACAUAGCAGAUUUACCCAAAACCGAGCAAACCGAAACUGUGGCAUGUUCGUCUGGACGGAAAACCGACAGUGUCACUGCAGAUGAAUUCCCCCAUCUCGAUAUCAUUAUUGCUCUGCUUGAGGACGAAAAUGGGUCUGGAAAACCCGAUGAUUUUCAUUACCAGCACCUGAACCGUAAUUUAAGUUUCUCUGGCCCUAUUGGGUUCCCAAACCAGGCUGGUCCAUCUAAUAUCUCUUGUAGGUUUGAGCAACCACAAAUUUAUUAUGGAGAUGGGUUAAGGAGAUAUGGUUCGUUUGGAGAACAUAUUCAUUACCCGAGAGGUAUGGAUCCGUUUGGAUAUCAAAACAUACCGGGUUAUGUGAAUGGACAUGUUGAUGGUUUAGUUGUUCCAAACUCUUGGGAGAUGGGUGUCUCGGAUAUUCCUUAUUUUAGGAUGACACAUUUGGAUGGUUCUCAUCAUCAUCAUCAUCGGGUUCUGGAUUACUCUAACCUAGCUUGCAGCGUGAAUGGGUAUGGAAAUACGAUGUUCCAUCCGUCGUCGUCGAAUGGGCAUUGACGUCGACGUAUGCUUUUGUUUGCUUAAGUUUUAUAAUCCGAAGUUUAUUUAUAGAAUCCAGUUGAAAUUUGUUUACCAGACUGCACUAAGCAUGUCUUUUUCUUAAUUUCUGCUAAUAAAGUUAGUUUAAGUUUGAAAUUUUA